AAUAAAAAAAAACCUUCUUCUUUCUCAAAUCCUCUCUGUAAUUCUGGUUUUUUUAUUUUGCAAUGCUUCUUCCAUUUCUCUCAUCCUCCCUCCUUCUCCGUCUCUCUUCUCCGAUCAUGUCCCCUGAUCCCACCAAAACUUUCUUCAUCUCUUUUUCCAAUUGAUAAUUAGACGGAGAAUUACAGAUCGAUCCCCGAUUCCAAUAAUUACAGAAGAAAAUUAAACCCUAGAGAGAUAUUUAUGGAGAGUUCCUUAGGUUUCAUGGCGGUUUUCGCCGUCUCGGGAAGCGUCGUGUUCUUAGCGAGUCAAUUUCAUAAGCGUCUUCUCUCCGAUUACAUGGACAAGUUCGAUUUCGAAAUCCGAGCGCAGCAAAAAAUGGUGAUGAAGAAAAAGGUGAGAUUCGCGGCGGAUGUGGUGGAGCCGUCGGGGAAUAACAAAGAGUAUCGCCGGAGACACUCUUCCAAGGCUAAAUCCAAUUCCAAGAUGGCGGCAACUAUUUGAUUUUAAGGUUUUUUGUACAAAAUUAAUAUGUAAUUAUUCAUUGAAAAUUCGUGAUUUAAUUUCGGAUUUUUUUUUUUCUCUCAUCUGAAUCUGAAUCUGGGCUAAACCUUUCAAGUCUUCCCAGGGUCAAUUCUUUUUCUCUUUUUUUCUUUUCUUUAAUUUUAAUUUUUUUUGUUGAGGGGAUUUCUUACUUGUAAAUAUUGUGUUGUUUGUGUAAAUACAAAAUGUGAUUGCUAAUUACUUUUCUUAAAUAU